AUGAAAAAAGUCAAAAUGACCUCUGGAGCUGGAUGGGUUGGUGGCAAGAUCGACAUGCCAAAUGAAUGGUGGGAGAACGUAGGCAAGAAAGACAAGGACGCGAUGAAGCUUCGAAACAAUUCAUUCGACUACUACGAAGAAAUGGAUGCAAUGCUUCAUGGAUCUAAACCGGCUGGGGCUUUACGUACUGGCACAAGUUCUGGUACACGAGUUGAGGCAGAGAAUAACGAGGAAGAGGAAAUUGAAAUUAUAGAUCAUGAUAAUUUAGAAGAAAGCAAAGAAGAAAGCAGAUAUGAUGAAGUAGAUGCACAAGGAUUGACCCAAGCCGAAAGAGACCUCGAUGAUCUUCCAGAUCCAGAUGAAGAAGUUUCAACUGAAAAAGGCAAAGGUAAAGCAAUCGUAUCAGACUCACAAAACCUCGAUCUUCCAACUCCAAAGAACCCUACCACCGUCUCUACUAUCAGAAAAGAAGGUACCAAGCCUUCGACUUCAAAAUCUACCCCUGUUUCGAACAUCAAGAAGAAAAUGCCGGCUCGCGAGGUCAAACCAGUCACACUGGCAACUGCGAUUGCUUCGGCUUCCGAUAACUUGGCUAUAAAGGCUCAAGAGAAGGCAGAUCGCUCUGCUCAGCUCAAUUCAGCCAUAACCGAAGCAGCUCGCAUCAAGGCCGACAAGCUUCCAAACUCACACGAAGGCUCUGGAACUCUUCAACCCCGCCAGCGAAGAUCAAUUUCCCAACUUAGACGACCGAUUAAUUUCGAUUGA